ACAUUUAACAUAAAGAUGUGACCAACGAAUGGUGGAGCUUACCUUCCAUUUUUGAAAACCUACUAUCUUGUCAGGCGGCACUGAGGUUUUUGAGUGGCAUUACCUCCCACCAGUUUGAGGGAAGAAGCAGAGCCAUGUGGAAACUGAAGACUUUUUGUCUCCUAGGAUGGGUGUUAAUUCCAGGCUACUGGGCAUUGACAGGUCCAAAAGAAGUGAUGUGUCAUGAAGGAGAAUCACUCUCCGUACGAUGUCAUUAUGAGAAACCCUUUAAACAGAACACUAAAUUCUGGUGUAAAGGCUCAGUUCUCACACUUUGUUCAAGUUCCUUGAUUAAGACAUCAUCUGAGGGUUUAGUAGCGAAUGACAGAGUCUCCAUCAGAGACAAUAAGGAAGGACAGUACUUUGAAAUAACCAUGGACAAGCUGAAAUGUGAAGAUUCUGAUACCUACCAAUGUGGCAUCGAGAGAAGACUAUUCGAUGACAGGCACUACAUUCAAGUGACUGUUUGCCCAGAUCCAAAACAAACAGCAACAACGGAAGAGGUGCUCACUUCUACUGACAUCCCUGCUUCAGAAGAGUCUAAGGAACAAGAAGUCUACAUCUUGAUAUAUUGCACCAUCCCACUGUUUCUCCUGCUCACAGGCGCGGCUGUUGUGUUGCUUAUAGUCUCAAGGAAGAAGAAAAAAGGAUUAGGUUGGAAGAGAAAAAAAGAAACAAAGCUACAAAGCAUGGCACUUGCACAUACUACAGGAGAUAAUGGCAGAGAGCAAAACAUUCCUCGUCAUGACUUGGGCACUGAUGGGACAGGGCUCUACAACAAUGCAGACGUCCAUCCUGAAAAUAACUGUGAAGAGUUCCCUUCUCAGGAACAGAGCUCAGGCAAGACAGAUGAGGUUUCUUACGCCACACUGAAUAUUUCAGAUCCACAACAGCAGUCCGUCUAUGCCAACGUAGGUUUCCUUCCUAGUUCAGAAGAAGUCUUUUAUACAGAGGUAGCAAAGAGAGCUACAGAAUAA